GACCCAUCGAGCUGCUGAAUGUGAGCUUUGCCGGGGCAGCAGCACCGGACAGGCAGACAGCGAGGAUGGGAGUGAGGGAGCUUGUGGGAGCGUGUGAAGGCAGGAGGUGGCAUCUGGUGGAGGUGGAUUCGACCCUCUCAGAAGUGGAUCAAGUCAAAACGCACCUGCUCUCCCUGCUCUGCCCAUCCCACACGCACAUGGACCUCAACAUUGGUGCGGCACUGUGGCUUGCUGCUAGAGGGGAGGGCAGGAUGAUACGCUAUGGGGGGGAGGGGGAAGGCGAUGGGGAAGAGGAGGAAGAGGUGUGCAGAGCUGUGAUGGGGAGUGCGGAGGUGUACAGAGCACAUGCGCGGGUGGUGUUCGUGGGGACGGGUGCAGAUGAACACUGGCCAUCCUUGGAGAGCGAGAUGAGGGACGACGUGCAGCGCCUGGGGCGCCGCAACCUUGGACGGGACGACCGCUGGCCAUCUCUGGAGAGUGAGAUGAGGGACGACAUGCAGCGCCUGUGGCGGCGCAACCUGGGCCGGGACGACCGGUGCCUCUCUGACCACGGGAGAGAGGUGAGUCUCAAAAACGACUUCAAACCUUUUCUGCACUGUCCUCUUUGCGCCCGCUGUCACCAGCCACGCUUCCCCUUCUUGGACGAGGGAGUGAUGAGCGCGCUGCUGGCCCUCCCUCUGCCUCGCAUCGCCAACCUGCACCUCCCUCCGGGCACAGGAGACAAGCUCAUACUGCGGCAGGUGAGAGCUAAAAUCAAGACAAACACGAGGGAUUAA